AGAAGUUUUUAGGUUAAGCAACUGUCAAGAUGAAGUUUGCUUUGCUGAUCUUUAUUUUUUCUUAUGCAGCAAUAAACGGUGAAUUUACAACAGAAGAUUGUUGGACCCUAGGAUUUAAUAAAGCCAAUUUACAAUGUUCGUCAUGUGAACAGUUGCCAAAGUUUAGUUUAGAUGUUAUAAAAGAGCACUGCCUAGAAUGUUGCCACAAUGAUGACUCAGGAGUAUCAGAAAAAAUAUAUGCCAAAGCAGUUUUAGAAGUGUGCACUUGUAAAUUUGGUGCAUAUCCCCAAAUUCAAGCAUUCAUAAAAAGUGAUAAACCAUCACAGUUUCCCAACUUACAAAUUAAGUAUUUAAGAGGUUUGGACCCUAUUAUUAAGUUAUUUGAUAAAGAUGGACAUUUAAAAGAAACUGUGGCAAUUGAAAAAUGGAACACUGAUUCUGUAGAAGAAUUUUUGAAAACACAUUUAAUAGGAAAGUCAGAUAGCAAUAAUGAUUAUUUAAGAACAAAUAUGGUGUAAAUUAUUAGUUAAUAAAC